AUUUCCAACCUUACUCCUUCGUCACUGUGCUCUCUUCUUCAAACUUCAAACUCAAAAAAACUUAAUAUUAACAACAAUGAUAUCUCUCAAAUUUCUUCUCAUUUUCAUAGCCGUUAUUUUCACUGCCUUGGGAUUCAAAUCCUCUCUUCCACUAGCCACCACAAACCUCCAUCUCCUAUGGAAUUUCUUCCUUCUCUGCUUCACUCCUCCAUACCUCUUCUUUACCGUUAACGCCAUCAUCAUCUCCAUCCUCGCUUCUUCCAAGUUCCACCAAUCCAAAGAUCAAGCAGUUGAAGAAGUGACGAAAGAAAUCGACCUCGGAAAUUUGCUACCGGAGAUCAUAAACUCGCCGGAUAAUCUACCACCGGUCGAUAAACCUCUCGUUUCUUCGAGGUUCAUUCACCGGAAACCUCUUAAAUCCACCCCCGAAGGUGGGAAAGCUUUGAAGGUGGCUGCGAAGCAAAAACGGCACGAGACGUUGGAGAACACGUGGAAGACGAUAACGGAGGGACGGUCAAUACCGUUAAGUAGACACAUGAAAAAGUGUGACACGUGGCAAAACCGUUAUGACGCGGGCCCACAUCAACCCGAAGAUUCUGUCAGCGAAUUCAACUUGAACAAGACUGUGAGGCUGAGAAAAGAACCGUCGCUGAGUCAAGACGAGUUGAAUAAACGAGUAGAAACGUUCAUACGAAACUUCAAUCACCAAAUGAGAUUGCAAAGAGAAGAAUCAUUAUUGAAUCACUACAACAACAUGAUUAACCGUGGUGCAAGUUAACCUACCUAUUUAAUAAAAGUCAGGAAAAAGAAUUGUGUAAAUUUAUUGAUAGUGGUAGAUUUAGAGUAAGAUUACAUCAUAUUUAUACAUAGGCGUUGUUUAUUAUUAUUA